GUCCGCAUUUUGUUUCUUUUUAGUUCUCUUCAGCUACUUUUCAUUCACAAUCCAACACCUAAGCUCGUUACCCCCACCAUAUGACCGCCUCAGCUGCCCGCCGCGUCCAGACGACGCCCUUUGAGGGCCAAAAGCCAGGCACCUCAGGGCUACGCAAGCGCGUAGUCGUUUUCCAGCAGGAACACUACACGGAGAACUUCGUUCAAGCCAUCUUCACCGCCAUGCCCUCGCCAGGCCCACAGGACGCCACACUGGUGGUAGGCGGUGAUGGCCGCUACUUUGUCAAGGACGCGGUGCAGACGAUCAUCCGCGUCGGCGCCGCCAACGGCAUCGCCAAGUUCAUCAUCGGCCAAGACGGCAUCCUGUCAACGCCCGCGGCAUCCGCCGUGAUCCGCAAGCGCCAGGCCGACGGAGGCAUCAUCCUGACUGCUUCGCAUAACCCGGGAGGUCCCGAGAAUGACUUUGGAAUCAAGUACAACAUGCGCAAUGGAGGUCCCGCGCCAGAGUCUGUCACUGAUGAUAUUUAUGCUGCUACGCGCAACAUUACUAAGUACAGCGUUGUCGAUAUGUCUGAGCCCGUGGACCUGUCAGUCAUUGGCACGCGCAGCUUUGGCAAUUUCGAGGUUGAGAUCAUCGACCCUGUUGAGGACUACGUUGAGCUGCUGGCUGGUAUCUUUGAUUUUGACCUGAUCCGCCGCUUCCGCGAGCAAACCCCCAGCUUCUCUCUGCUGUUCGACGGGCUCAACGGCGUCACUGGGCCGUACGGCCGCCGGAUUUUCGUUGACGAGCUGGGGUUUGCUGACAGCUCGCUCGACCAGUGCACGCCGCUGGAGGAUUUUGGCGGCAGCCAUCCGGAUCCCAACCUGACGUACGCGCACAAGCUUGUGGAGCGCGUCGCCCGUGAGAACAUCUCCCUGGGCGCCGCAUCGGACGGCGACGGCGACCGCAACAUGAUUAUCAGCAACGACUGUUUUGUGAAUCCGUCAGACUCUGUCGCGCUUAUUGCCCACUACGCUAUGGAGUGCAUUCCCUACUUCCAGCGUAACGGCGUUCAUGGCCUGGCGCGGUCCAUGCCGACGUCCUGCGCUAUUGAUCGCGUCGCGCACGCUAAGGGCCUUGAUGUAUUCGAGGUGCCGACCGGCUGGAAGUUCUUCGGCAACCUGAUGGAUGCCGGCCGCUUGUCGAUCUGCGGCGAGGAGUCCUUUGGCACUGGGUCUGACCAUAUUCGCGAAAAAGAUGGUAUUUGGGCAAUUGUCGCCUGGCUCAAUAUUAUCGCUCAUGUCGGCCAGACUAACCCUGAUGUGUCUGUGCGCUCGAUAAUGCAGGACUUUUACGCAAUUUACGGCCGCAACUACUUUACGCGCUACGACUACGAGGAAGUCGACUCCGAGGGUGCGUCAAAGAUGAUCGACCGUCUGCGCGCAUUCGCUGCAGACACGCCGGCGGCCAAUAAUGCUAGCGGCCUGGUUGGUAAGAGCUUCAGCGGAUAUACUGUGGCCAAGGUCGACGACUUUGAGUACACUGAUCCUAUUGAUCACAGUGUAUCGAGCCGCCAGGGCUUGCGCAUUAUCUUUGAUGACUCGUCGCGCAUUAUUUUCCGUCUUUCGGGAACUGGCUCACAGGGUGCUACUGUGCGCAUUUAUAUUGAGCGAUAUGACCAGGAACUGCUUGAUGUCGAUACACAAGUUGCGCUGAAGCCCCUGGUCGACGCUGCUCUGCAUAUCUCGCAGCUCAAAGAAUUCGUUAAUCGCGAAGAACCUACCGUCAUCACUUGAUUUCAGUUCUAUUUUAUAAUGUAGACAUUUUCAUAUAUGAAAUCGAAAACCAAAAAAGCUAAGCAAACCUUCUUUGGGGACGAUAAUUGGAGCUUUUUCAAAUAUUGGCUGCUCUUGUUGUGGGCAGAGCGAAAAAAGCAGCAGCAGCAACAACAACAUGAGUUGGCCUUUGGCCAACCUGAAA